AUGCAUGGAACUUCGGCGGCAGUACAGCCCUCAGGAAGAGGGGAGCUGUUAUUGUGGAUUAAUAGCGUUUGCACUGCCCAAUACCCAAGUGUUGAAUCAUUGCGUGAUGGUGUUGCAUAUUGCACCAUAGUUGAUGCUGUAACUAGUCGUGUGGCGGAGAACUGCACUGCGCUUGGGCUACCGGAGGCAAAAAUUGCCCAAUCACGAGCAAAACGUGCAUCUCUGCUUCUCAGUCGUGUUGAAUGGGGAGUUACAACGGUUACUUGCAUCAAUCAAGACCCCUCUUCAGAUACUUUGCAGGAGCGUGGACACUGUGAAAAAAACAUGCAAACACUACAAUUUAUGCUUCGGGGCUGCGUACCACAAGAAUUUUCUUUAGAAGUUGAUGUAACGCGUUUGGCGGCAGGAAAGCUUCAAGAGCAUAUCAUGCUCCUGAAAUGGAUGUAUCAGUUUUUGAAGAAGAUGCUGAACACGUACUCCAGGUCGGCACUUGAGCGACGCGCCAAUACUUCUGAAGGUGCUGGGCACGUGGAAGGUGUGAGGCCGACAAGAGCUAUGAAGUUGCAACAAAAAAUGGUUCGAGAGAAGUAUAUGGAGCUCGAUUUUGCUGGACCUGUCCCUAACAACGAAACAAAGAAUAACGAAGUAGAGACCAGCAUGCGAGAGGAUCCUACGUUCGUCAAAGACAUAAAAAAUAAAAAUAAAAGCCAGGCUAUAAGAAUGGGUUCUUUUCCUACGAUUGUAUCUGGGGCAGUUGAUUUUUCGGAAGAUGAAGGCGAAGUGUUACCGAAAUUUCAUGUGGAGCAUCUAGAUGAAACAAGCAAGGAAAAUCGGCAUGUAUGCAACCGCAAUUCCCAACUUAAUAUCGAUUCUAAUGGCUCUCAUUUUUUUUUAAAUCUGGAUAUAGAAUCUUUGUUUUUGUUACCUCAAGAGUGCCUUGCUGUAAUGGAGGAUAUGAGACGGGAGGUCGAGUCUUAUGAGGCGAUUACUCUUGCCGCGUAUAGACAUCAUCAGCAUUGCCUAACAGGGUCUAAGGAUGAGCAAGAAAGCUAUUUUACCGGAGGGUGUUCUAUUAAUGAAGAAUUACUAUUGAAGAAGGCUCCGAUCAUAUCAUUAGAACAGCUUGGUCUUUUGCUGGAGGAGCGAGACAAAUUGUGGCAAACUCUAGAGGUGCUUCAGAAUGUCCUUUUACGGAAUCUAACAGGGUUAAUAGAUGGAAUUGGAAGUACUAACUCUGCUUCACCGCUUAUUAAAAAAAUACUGUUGGCACUUUCUCCAUUAUAG